AUGCCCUCUACCAACGUCGCCGCCAAGGAUCCUACGUCCAAACCCAAGGAAACCAAACCAGAGCUCAAAGAUAAUGACACUGGUCGCAUCAAGAACCGACUCGAAUGCGCAUACGAGACGAUCCGCAGCAACCGCGAAGCCGCAAAGAAGCAAGUCGUGCAAGAAGAUGCGCUCAACGAAAUGCGCCAAGAGCUAUUCCCAACUCGGAAGCUGGUAGACCGCUUCUGGAACCUACUAGGACAGCGCAAAGUCAAAGUACCCGAGGACCUACGAGCCAGCUACAUCGCCCUGAAAUCCAUGAGUCUAGAUAAUCUGGGGCCGAAGAAAGCCGCUAAGGCUGCAAAGAAGGCUGCUGGAAAGCUCAAGGCGGCUGCCAAGCCUCUGAACAAGGCGCAGCGGAGGACGGAGAAGAAGGAGAGGGAGAGGAAGGAGCGCGAGGCGAAUAGUACCACUCUCUUUCUGCUCCAUGAUCUGGAUGGUGAGACGUACGAUGUGCGGAAACCUAUUGCCAUUGCCGAAGAGUCGGAAGAGGAGGUUGCUAUUGAACAUGUCAACUUCAUGAAGAAUGGUAGUUCGGGGCGUCCACCCACUCUGUCGACGCCCAAGUCUGUACCGGAGAAGAUUGUUCCUCCUCAGGUUAUUCCUCCGUUUGGUCUGGUCCCGGAUAACGUCGUAGCUGGGGUAAAGCGCAAGUCGGAUGACUCUGAAUCGGUGACCGCGAUCAAGAUGCCCACGAUCGAAGAAGACGCAAAGACAGAUAAGGUAGAUGGUGUGAAACGCAAGGCAGAUGACUCUGAACCGAUGACCGCAGCCAAGAUGCCUCGGAUUGAGGACGAGACCAAAACUGAUGAUACGGAAGGAAAGAAGCGCAAUGCAGAGGACGGCGUGAAGACUGACGAGGUGGCUGAGGUGAAGGGCAAGGCAGAUGACGACGCGAAGACUGAUGAUGUGGAAGGGGAAAAUCGCAAGGCAGAAGAUGACGCAAAGACUGACGGAGUGCAAGAAGAGAAGUGA